CCCAAACACCUUAUCUUUCUCUCUCUACAAAUACACAUUGUUUUUUUCUUUUAAUCUUUUUUAUAAUCUCCUACCCAUCUGUUUGGUAACUGAAUUUGCAUUUGGUAAUCAAAUAAACACCAUUGAAAGAACAAAUAAAAAGGUUGGACGAGGGCAAUAUAUAGACAGAGAGGAGGUUUGAGCAUGCCCUCUGUUCUUAUUCCUACGCUGCCUCCUCUCAGAUCUUAGUUUCCUUCCAAGAUUUCGCAUCUGGUUUCUCUUUAAACGGGUGCAGUCUUUGAUCGGUGAAGGAUCGGAUGCUUCAUAAUUGAAUCCAGGAUUACCCUGUUUCUUGAAUCGGAUUACAAUCUGUGUUUGUAAUACUUUAUAUUAAGAGAAAAUGCAAUCCGACAGUGGUAAAUUGUUCAUUGGUGGCAUAUCUUGGGACACAAAUGAAGAGCGUCUGAAAGAGUACUUUAGUACUUUCGGGGAGGUGGUAGAGGCAGUGAUCAUGAAGGAUCGGACCACAGGCCGUGCUCGUGGUUUUGGUUUUGUAGUUUUUGCUGACCCUAGUGUUGCGGACACUGUCAUAAUGGAGAAGCACAACAUUGACGGAAGGAUGGUUGAGGCGAAAAAGGCUGUCCCUAGGGAUGACCAGAAUAUAAUGAGUAGAAGCAGUGUGAGCAUCCAAGGUUCUCCAGGUCCAGGCCGUACAAGAAAGAUAUUUGUAGGAGGCUUAGCAUCCACUGUCACAGAGGGUGACUUCAAAACUUACUUUGAACAGUUUGGGACGAUCACAGAUGUUGUAGUGAUGUAUGAUCAUAACACACAGAGGCCUAGAGGCUUUGGCUUCAUCACUUAUGACUCAGAGGAAGCAGUGGAUAAGGUUUUGCUUAAGACCUUUCAUGAACUGAAUGGGAAGAUGGUUGAAGUCAAGCGUGCAGUUCCUAAAGAGUUAUCACCUGGACCCAGCCGCAGCCCACUUGGAGGAUAUAACUAUGGUCUGAGUAGGGUCAACAGCUUCCUUAAUGGCUAUACUCAGGGAUAUACUCCAAGUACUGUUGGAGGCUAUGGUCUUGGUAGAUUUAGUCCAGUAGUUGGUGGUCGAAUUCCUCCAUUUGGUUCAGGUUAUGGAGUGGGAAUGAAUUUUGAGCCUGGUCUCAACCCAGGUUUUGGGGGAAGUGCAAAUUAUAAUAGUAAUGGAAGCUAUGGGCGUGGAGUGAGCCCUUAUUAUAUCAAUAAUUCAAAUAGGUUUAACAGUCCCAUUGGUUAUGAUGGGGGUAAUGGAGGAAACUCAUCCUUUUUCAGCUCAGUGACUCGGAGUUUGUGGGGGAAUGGGGGGCUCAAUUCUAAUUCUGCAAAUUCCAACGCUUACAUGGGUUCAGGAAGUGGCAGCAUUGGAGGAAGUGCAUUAGGCAAUACUGGAGUUAACUGGCGAUCUUCGGCUAUUUCACCUCAAGGUGGGGGAAACAAUGUUUCUAACAAUAGUGUGAAUCUUGGUUAUGGAGCCGGUGAUAACAGUUACAGUUUGGGAUCAGGAGGGUAUGGAAGAAACAGUGGUACAAACGUAGCCCCUGCAUCAUCGUUUGCUGCAUCAAAUGGUGGGUUUGAUGGAGCCUUCAAUGACUUUUACAGUAGUGGUUCAGUUUAUGGAGAUCCCACUUGGCGAUCAUCAAAUUCCGAGCGAGAUGGGCCUGGACCCUUUGGUUAUGGACUUGGCAGUGCAGCUUCUGACGUUUCAGCUAAAAGUGCUCCUGGUUAUGUUGGUGGAUAUAGUGUUAAUAAGAGACAGUCAAAUACAGGAAUUGCUGCCUAGGAUCAUCAUUUCUGAUACCACGAUAUUGUAGGUGAAGAUAAUCUGGUGAAGCAGGUGAAUUGUGAAUUUUGGACACCACCCUCAUUCAUAUAGCUCAGAUAAGAGAAAUUUGGUUAGUAAGAGCUAACUGGAGUGCCUGUUUGAAGAAUUAAAAUUAGAGUAGAAGUUAAAAUGGAUUUUGUGUUAAAGCUUGAGUUUUUGAGUUAUCAUUUUAGGUUUUAUAUUUUUUUUUCAUUUUGGUCUUUGAGUGAGAUGUAAAAUCAGAUUGCGGGAUAUAGUCAGAAGUGUAUCAUGCAUCUCCGGUGAGGCGGCGAUACCAAAAAGGGAAAAAAAAGAGAGAAAAAAAACAAGAAAUAGACUGAUAUAUAUCUUUUUCCUUAGAUUUAUAUCUGUAACAUCUCUGGCAAAGCUGUGAGUUCUGGUCAGAGAAUGCUUGUUUAAUUCUUUCUCCCAUCAAUCUGGUUUGUUCAUUGUACCUGAGAAUACUGUUGAUUUAUUAGUGUGAAACAUUUAAGGGUUUACCCAUCUAGGGACCCCAUUAAUAAGCAAUUGCAUAUUCCGGUUCUUACUCUUUAACAA